GAAGCCGUUCUUUCUUAGACGAGUACCGAGUCAGAAGUGCGUCUGUGUGACUCUCGCCUGUCGGCGUUCGAGUCCCACAUUUACCUGUGCAUCUGUUCGAUGGCAUGUCCACUUCGGAACUAAAGGCAUCAACAAUGCAAGCUGUAAAGUGAAGAGUUAACCGCCAGCGGACGCAAUGAUCUGGUCUUACUCGUUCAUCUGCGCCAUUAUCGUGCUUUAUGCAGCUGUGAUAACGCGAUGCCAAGAUCAAUAUACGUGUGACAGCAACACUCUGCUCCCUCGUAAACUGGUACAGGAGAUCCGGAGUUACCAGCCAGUCGUAGACAAGAUCAUAGACACCGUAGUUCACGGCGACGAACAAAAUGUGACGUACAAUGAACUGGCCAAGUUCGUCGACACCUUCGGCCCGAGGCCAUCGGGCAGUAAGAGCUUGGAAGACUCAAUCGACUACAUGUUCGACAUGCUUCGCGGCCAGGGACUAGACUUCGUGCAUACGGAAAACGCGAACGUGGUCCACUGGCAGAGGGGUCACGAGGAAGCGUGGAUGGUGAAACCGAGGCUGAAGCGAAUGGACAUCCUGGGCUUGGGAAACAGUGUGGGUACGCCGGAAGGUGGCAUCACGGCGCCGGUGUUGGUUGUUGGGUGCUUUGAGGAGCUGGAAAACAAUUCGAAGAAGGCGAACGGCAAGAUAGUCGUGUUCAACCAGGAGUUUGUCACCUACUCGAAGACGAUUAAGUACCGAGUGGAGGGAGCGUCGGCAGCAGCGAGGGCAGGCGCCGUGGCGGCACUCGUGCGCUCCUUAACGCCCAUGUCGAUCAACAGUCCGCAUACUGGUUACAUGACGUAUGACAUGAACACAACCCGGAUACCUACAGCUGCUAUCACAGUUGAAGACGCCGAACUUUUGGCCCGACUUCAGGAACGAGGAAGCGAGCCAGUGGUGAAGUUGGUAAUGGGAGCCAAGUCGCUGCCGCCUGCUCUUUCUCGAAACACGAUUGCGGAACUUCGUGGUGACAGCAAGCCUGAAGAGGUGGUACUUCUUUCAGGACACUUGGAUUCCUGGGACGUUGGUCAAGGCGCCAUGGAUGACGGUGCGGGCGCCUUCAUUUCGUGGAGGGCUCUAGCUGUGUUGCGACGUCUUGGUCUAAAGCCUCGUCGAACGUUGCGAUGCGUCCUAUGGACGGGAGAAGAGUUGCACACUGCAGGCGCCCUUGAGUAUUAUCGCCGGCACUUUUCGAGCGAGCAACAGCUCAUGAAUCUCGUCAUGGAAUCGGACUCCGGAACGUUUCGUCCCCUGGGCCUCUCUUUUUCGGGCUAUAACGAGCAGGCUCGUUGCAUCGUGGCCGAAGUACUCCGCCUAUUCACUCGCAUCAACGCGACGCGCCUUACGUUAGGAGCUUCGGCGCCAGAUCUUAAGGCUUGGAUCAAAGAAGGUGUCCCCGGUGCGUCACUGAGCACAGCGAACGAAAAGUAUUUCUUGUUCCACCACACCGAAGGAGACACAAUGAGCGUGCUCGACCGCCAUGAACUUGAUCUCUGCACAGCACUGUGGGCAGCUGCUUCGUACGUUUUCGCCGACCUGAGCAUGCGACUACCUCGAUGAAGAAAACGCAAUGACUAUUCAGUCACACAGGUGUCGUAAUAUGUUAAGCAUUUACAAUGAGUGGCACAAUCAGCAAUUGAUGCUUCACUCAUUAUAACUGUCACACCGUACCUCAAUAUAAUUAGCUAUCCGUGGUAAACAAAUAUUCGAGAUGUGAUAGUUCUAGAAAUGUACUUGCAGAAUGUCACGUUUGGCGAGAUGGUGCACUUCUUAACAAAAUAGGCAUCAGCGUCUUCUCAAUAUCUAUGUAUUAGAGUGAUUGCUUAUUUUGAGAUAGGAUUGCAAAAGUUUCUUUUUUUACCUGUUCGCACAUACUGUGCCCUGUUUUUGUGCGCAUACAUGAAAACAUGCAUGUUCGGCCGAUGUGUUCAAUAUAAACUAGUUUUUUAAAAAGCCCUUUGGAGUCAGGUAAAGUCUUCAUUCCAGUUUUUCUAUUCACCUACGCCGCAAAUAUUCCGUCACUCUGAGAAUGUAAUGUGCAUAUACGAGCAUGCGUAAGGUCUUCUACUCGGAGGCGAAAUUUUCACCACUGUGUCACCCCACUUGCUCCAACAUUUUGUUCGAUUCCGUAUGUGAUGAAGCUUUGCGGCGAAUGCGAAAAAAAACGUUAUUGCAA